AUGUCGCUUUUUUCACAGAGUACAGGUAUUCUGACUGAACACCUUGGAUAUGUGCCGAUAGCGCUCAUUGAUGAACUCAUCAACGCGGUCAACGAUAUUUUGUACAAAUGCACACUUGCAAUAGAGGAGUUUCUUCAGAAACGAUAUGGACCAAGGAGCAAUUCUAGUAAAAAGGUUUCUGAUCAAGAUAUACAACUAGGUACCGCCAAACUAGAGACUCUGCUUGAAUCCAUUGUUGAUCGCUGUUUUGAUAACUUUGAGCUUUACACAUUACGAAAUAUCCUCACGAUCCCUGAAGAUCUUAUUACUGAAGGUUGGAUUCGUCUCAAGCAUCAUCGUGGAAUUGAUUUUACCAGUGUUGACUCGGAUUCUUUGUCGGACUUGGAUGAUGAGAUUGAAAGACUUGAAGCACAGCUCUAUUUUGAAACGCAACUAAACGCCGCCCUGAAACAGAAACACCAGCAGACUUUACAGGAGCUAGAUACAUUUCAAAACCUCAAAACGAACUACCCGUUUCUAUCUGCUUCUCCUCCAUCUAGUCAGCAACUUAAGGAUACGAUUCUUUUCCUAUCUUCUCAAUCUAUUGGACUAAUCUCUAAAUUGGAGCAAACCGAGCAAUUGUACAAAAGUCGGCCCCUUCGAAAAUCUCCUGCCAGUAUUCCACGAGAAGUGUACAUUGACCAGUUUUCUCGCCGUGCACUUGAAUCAAGUGGAGUGCAGGUGAUUUCUCACGUUGAGAAAAAAACAGAACAAGAUGUGCUUAAGGCAUUACAAGCUGCUUCAUUCUUCAAAUCCGACUCUUCAAGUCGUGAUUCAUGA